AUGAGUCGCCACGAUUACCGUGAUGUAAAUAUUAAAACUAACAAUUGGGCGGAGAUCGGAACAUUGCUUCAUGUUACUGGACAGCAGACAAGAGAGAAGUGGAAAGAGUUGAGAGACAGAUUUGUCAAGAUUAAAAAUAAGAAUGAAAGCAGCAUGAGGUCAGGAGCACCCGGAGGCGUUUCUACGAAUAAAUGGAGUCUAUUCGAACAAAUGAGUUUUUUAGAUUCCUUCGUGCAGCAUCGAAAGCUCUUUUCUAUUUCUUAUUUCAAAACGUCCUCAAAUUUAGAUCUCGUCACUUUAUCAGCUGUGGUAGAGGGGGAAGAAGUGUCUGGGUCAUCUUCUGUCGCACCGACACCAAAAAAAAGGAAGGAAGAAGUGAACAUGCGGAUUUUGAAAUUCUUGAGGAGGAGAAGGAUGGAUGACCCAGACAAACUCUUCCUUCUUUCACUUCUACCACAGCUGAAAAGACUGUCUCCUGAGCGUGCGUCAUCAACAAAGAUGAAAACCAUGCAAAUACUCCAUGAGGCUGAAUUUGAGAAAUGA